AACUCCCACGUCACAAACUUGAAUCAAGACGUUGUGUCGUCAUCUGCCUUGUUGUUUCAACAUCAGCCCCUGCCGCCGCCGUUUACUUUCCUCCCCUUGGCUCCAGAGCUCCCGCUGCCCUUUCGAUAUCAUCAUGACGGCUCGCGUUGCUGGUGUUCGGGAUCUACUCCCGGGAACGCCGACCUCCACCUCGGACCUCAUGUACAAGCAAGUCUCAAUGCUCAACACCGCCAAAUCUGACAAGCCACAGACAGCCUCGGCCUCGCGGAGCAGUAGCAUGAACGUUGAUGCCAUUAGCGAUCAGACCAACGAACAUGCCAUGAGCCGUCAGCUGCACAGCCAAGAGGCCGACGCCGCCAGUGCCCUCACCACGCUCAGCCAACACAUUGUCGCCGCCUCCGCUGCCGCCUCCCCGGCCCACGUCAACGGCAACAACUCCAGCAGCAAUCACUCCAACAGCAAUACCCCCACCGGCAGCCAUCCAGCCGGCGGCAAGAUGACAAGCAAGACCACACCUGCCAACACACCCCGCGGGGAGGAUUCAAAUAACUACCGGAUCAAGCGCAUCCGAAACAACGAGGCCGUCCGGCGCUGCCGCAUCAAGAAGAAACAGGAAAUGGAAGAAAAGGCCAUGCGCCUCGAGCUGCUUGAGCACAAGGUCUCCGACCUCGAAAACUGCAACCGAAAGCUCUCCGAGCUUAUCGUUGAGCAGCAAAAGGAGAUUCAGCGCCUUCGCUCAGAACGCGACACCCUCCCCUUUGUCUCCCCGGGUCAUGUCCUCGGUGGCCCUACCGACAUCUAA